UCCCUAUGCGGUGGUCACAUGUGCGACGGCGGCUGCUUCAAAACAACAUGGCGGACCCCACGGCCGUAAUUCGCGUCAAGUUGGACAUGCGAAAAUCGAAUCCUGGCGCGUCGUUGAUGGCGUGGAUGGUCGUGGAUCCCUCUGAGAUCAGCAGCGUGAAGCAGCUUACGAAGUUGGUCAAACGCAGGUUUCUUCUGGUCGGAGAACAUAGACUCUAUCUCGACGGUGCUUGGCUGCCUCCGGUAGAAUGCAUUCGCGUUCUGAGGGACAACGACGUGAUCAGCGUUGUUUGGGGGGAGUGCGACUCCGAGAAGACCAGCUCGGCUCCAAACUGCGUCGUGCAGAACGGCGGAGUGAAGCGGCAUUUAGAGGAGCCCGACCUGCUGCCCCCAAAGAAAAAGAAGAAGAAGAAACCUCGGUACCAGUCGCUCAGUGCGGAAGAAAUCCCAGCAGUGCUAGACAUCAUUGAAUAUCAAGCGGCAGGUACCACAAUCUCUGCCGAAGCCGUUGCUGAAGCCACGCAACCAGCCACCCCGGUGAAACCUCGUUUGCAAACGACACAAAACGAUUCGAGCUGCAGCGAUUCAGAAGCAGUCGUGAAGUUCCCCAACAAAAGUCCGCCGGAAAGUCGGCUUCAGGGUGACUUGGACACGGCAGCUGGGUCAGUGACGGAGUUUAGUUCUUUCGUAACGCCGGACGGUCCCAAGAAAAAGCGGCCUAGGAAGCGCAAGAAGAAGCCGAAGGUUGCCGCUAGUGUUGAACCGACCGUCAAUCUGACUCCAGCCGUCUUCGUUCCACUUAAGGUUUCCGUGGAGCCAAAAGGAAAGCACAAGCGAUUUGAACAUGAAUCCCACUGGGACGAAAUGGAAGCAGACGGUGUCGAGCGGAAAGAAGCAGACGACAGAGGGCAAGGAGAAGCAGACGACGGAAUGCAGGGAGGAGCGGAAAACAGAGGACAAAACAUAGCAAACGAAGACGAGGCUUUUGCACCGGACGACUGUUCCACUCCCGUCUUACAAAAAAUGCUAAGGGACAAGUCAGAACGGACGCCGCCAUCUUUAGAGAAAUCACUGAAAGUUUGCGAGCUUCAGUCGCCUGGAUUGGAACGUGCGGUUAAGGCUGGGAGGGGAGGAGCAGAUUUUAGGGCCGUGCCCCCGCCUCCCAGGACGACGCCUCGAGCUGUGCCAGAACAGGGUACGCCGCUCUCGGCUGCCACUGCCGAGCCGGAGGCAAAAUCGGAGCCCCAGUCCACCGCGAGGUCUUACGCCGAUUUCCCGAAACUCAAGACGCCUCCGAGGGUCGGAGAUGCGAUAGCGUUCAAGGUGCUCGAGCUCGAUGCCAACUACUGCCCCAAUGUGUCCGGAUACAAGGAGGGCAAAGUCCUGCACCAUAACACAAGAACCGACAUGUUACGCAUCGAACUACGAGUUCCCGAAGUGAAAGCCACGUACAACGGCAAAUUUGAGUUGGAGGUUCCAGAGGAAGAUGAAGCGCCCCCCGUUGAGGAAACGUUGGAGCUGCUGUGGAGCGAACUCCUCGAUCCAGUCCUGCUGUCAUCGUAAAGUGUAAUUAAAAAAAAAAGAAAGUGUAAUAAACCAUGUUGCAACAAUC